AUGGCCACCAAACCAACCAUCGUCCUCAUCGGAACCUGCGACACCAAAUGGGACGAACUAUGCUUCACGCAGUCUCAACUCCUUACCCACAACACCUGCGCCGUCCUGCUCAUGGACGUCGGCCGCACCCCGAGCCCGCACAGCUCCAUCGCAAUCAAACAUCCCGACCUAACCAGCACUGACACAAAAAUAUCGGAUCUCCCCCGCGCAGAAUACAUCCACCGGAUGACCACCCAUGCCAUCACAACACUCACCACCCUUCAUCGCACCGGUUCCAUCCACGCCGUCCUGGGCAUCGGCGGCUCCUGCGGCACUGCCCUCGCAACCGCCGCCAUGCGCACCGCUCUCCCCAUCGGUUUCCCCAAACUCAUGGUCUCGACCAUGGCCAGCGGCGACGUCGCGCCCUACGUUGAGGAAACCGACCUGACCCUCAUGUACAGCGUCGUCGACGUCGCAGGGACGAACCGCAUCCUGAACCGGAUUCUAACGAACGCCGCGGCGGCCGUGAACGGGAUGGCUGUGUCAUAUGCGUCGCAAGCGCAGACGCAGAGCACGCAAGCUGACCGGAACAGCGGUAAGACACGGAUAGCCAUCACCAUGUUCGGGGUGACGACGCCAGCAGUGAACACCAUCCGGGAGCGGCUGCAGCAGACGCUCGACUGCGAGGUGUACGUGUUCCAUGCGACCGGGGCGGGCGGGAAAGCGAUGGAGCGGCUCAUCCGCGAGGGCCAGCUGGACGCCGUGGUCGAUCUCACCACGUCCGAGAUCCCCGAUGAGAUCGUCGGCGGCGUGCUCUCCGCGGGCCCGCGGCGUCUCAUCGCGGCGGCCGAAGCGGGCCUCCCGCAGAUCAUCAGCGUGGGUGCCUGUGACAUGGUCAAUUUUGGGCCGCGGGAGACGGUGCCCGCGCGGUUUCGCGACAGCCACCGGCUGCUGUAUGAGCAUAACCCGACGGUGACGCUCAUGCGGACGACGCCCGAGGAAUGCGAGCGGAUUGCCCGUUUCAUGGCAGAGAAGCUCAAAAGCCAUGUGGCUCACCCCGAGCGCGUGCGGGUGAUAUUGCCUGCGGCGGGUAUCAGCAUGCUCGAUACGCCGGGCCAGCCAUUCCACGACCAGGAAGCGGAUGAGGUACUUUUCUCCACUCUCGAGAACGAGCUCGACGGGACAGGAAUUGCAGUUCUGCGAGACAAGAGAGAAAUCAAUGACCCUGAGUUUGCCAUCUCUGUAGCUGAUUCCCUAGCGGAUUUGUUCAGAGCAAGUAAUGAGCUUCGCAUGGGCCACACGAAGUGA